AUGGCUACAUUUAAUGGUUUCAAAUAUCCUCCUAUACCGGAAUAUUUACCAAAUAUAGAUUUUUUAACUGAGAGACUCAUUUCACCUCGAAUACCGUUCAUGACAAUAAGAAGAUUAAGGCAUGUACAUGGACAAUACGGUAUAUAUGGACAAGUUAUCAAUGUCCCAGUGACAGUUAAUACUAUGGUAAAUAGAUUGCCCAGAAAUAUUGAGGAGGAUCAUUCAGUUUACGUACACAUUAAGAGAAAAAAAAUUCACAAGUCGAGUUUUGUCCAAGGUUUAGUAAACAAAAAUCAUAUUAAAUUGUGGUUAAAAUACCUUAUAACUACGCCACUCUAUAAAUUUUAUAAUAUCACAAUUGAUGAUUCAUUUUUCAACGAUAAUUUAUUAUUUAAACAAACACAACUCGAACUUCAAGAACUUUUUAAAAAUGAUCUUAUCAAUGAACUUUCAGAAGACGUUCCUCUUGAAGAUAGUGUAACUGCUCAACAACAGACUCUUUUGUGGAACGAUGAAAAAUAUUUGCGGAUAGCUCCAGGAGAAAAUAAUCAUCCUCUCAGUUUACUUUUUGAUGAACAUGCCGAAGAGUUGUCUUUUCCAACUAUUUUCUUAGGCCAAUUUCGAAAGUUUUCAGAAGGGCUUACCAUUACUCCAUUCCAAAUGGCUACUAGCGAACUUCGGAGAAAAGAUCGACGAGGUGUAACUCCACAACAUUUGCUUUAUUUAGCCAUGAAAAUUCUUCGAAUUAGGGUUCGCGAUUCAUUAACGGUAGCAUUUAAACAUACUGGAAAAAAUAAUUAUGUUACGCGACAACAGAUUGAGUCGACAGAAUAUAUACACGAUUGUUUAGAAACUAACCUGGCUUUUCUUAAAGCUAUCCCCAAUUCUGCGUGGUAUUGGUCAUCCCGUAAAAAAGAUCUGUUUUCAAUUAUCAGGCAAAAGGGUAAGCCCACGCUUUUUUUAACUCUUAGCGCUAAUGAGAUUGGUUGGCGUAACUUACUGAAACUUUUAUACAAGUUUAAAAAUAAUGGAAUCGAAAUAUCAGAUAAAGAUUUAGACUUGAUGCACUUCAUUGAUGUAAGUACUCUCAUCAAUGAAGAUGCAGUAACAUGUGCUGUUUAUUUUUAUAAACUUGUAUCUGUAAUGCUAAAUAUACUAAAAUCAAAACAAUUUAGUCCUUUCGGUAAAUUUGCCGUUAUUGACUAUUUUUUAAGAAUUGAAUUCCAGCAUCGAGGAAGUCCUCAUGCCCACAUAUUGCUUUAUCUCGAUAAUGCUCCUCAAAAUCCGCUUAAUACUGACUAUGAUAAAGCAAUUGAAUUAAUUGAUGCUUUAUUUUCCAUCUCAGAAAAUGCAGCUUCAAAUAAUAUCAAACUCCAAACACACAAGCAUACAUUUACAUGUUAUAAAAAAAUUAUAUCAAACAAAAAUCAACAGUGUCGAUUUGAAGCUCCAUUCAUGCCGUCACGUAAGACUGUCAUACUGAUACCAAUGCAAAAAACAGAUGUAGGCUUUACUAACUAUUCUAAACGGUACAGAGAAAUUAGAAUCAACUUAGAAAAUAAUGAUUACACAGACAUCGAAGAUUUUUAUGCAAAAAAUUAUAUAAGUUCAGAUGACGAUUACUUUAACAUUCUUCGAGCAGGCAUCAAAAGACCUAAGCCUUUUAUUAAACGAACACCAGCGGAAAAGUGGCACAACCAAUUUAAUCCUUUUAUUUUGAGUACUGUUCGGUCAAACAUGGAUAUUCAACUGAUUACAGAAGAAUAUUCUUGUGCACAAUACGUAGUCGACUACGUAAAUAAGACUAACAGAGGUAUUAGUAAUCUGCAGAGACGAAUCAUUGAAACCAUGAAUGAGCAUCCGGAAUUCGACAUUGUGGAAAUAACGAGGAAAAUCAGCGUCGAUACUAUCAACAAUGUUGAAAUGACUAGUCAGGAAGUUGCAUGGUUUUUAUUACGUCAGCCAAUGUCAAAAAGUUCUGUAGUUGUUGCUUACAUACCGACAAUAUGGCCACAAGACCGUGAAAGAGUGCGAAAAACGGCUAAGCAGUUACAGUUACUUGACGAUGAUUCCACCGACAUUUGGAAGGAGAAUUGGUUCGACAAAUACUCUAAACGACCCAUUGGUUUAAAUGAGAUCACAUUAGCACAAUAUGUCUCUAAGUAUUACAUCAAUAAUAAAAAAGAACAUAUGCAACGCAAAACUUCUCGCGUAAUUAGAUAUCGAAAUUAUGAUAUAUCAGAUUUGAACGAAUACAAACGAGAAAUGGUUACGCUGCAUAUUGCCUUCAGGAAUGAAGAUGAUGAUAUUUUGGCAGAUGCAAAGUAUAUCAGUAUCUACAAUCAAUAUGAAGAUAUUAUUUUGCAUAGAAGACGAGAAUUUGAAUCGGAUUUAGACAUUCAAAAAACAAAAGAUAUUUGUAGACAACUUUGCAGAGAAAAUGAUAGUGACGAUGAAGAAGUUGAAAAUUUUGUAAACAUCUUACCCGAGGAGAACCGUUUCGAUCAGCUUUGGAAUAAUCCUAAUUCGGAUGCCAACGAUGAUAUUCGUUUAGCGACGCUCAAUAAACUUUCUGCGAUAGUAAAAAAAAAACAAAAUCUGAUGGACAAUAAUGCUUUUUGGUUGUUAAUAAGGUCUACUAAUAAUGCACAAAAAAGUAUUUUAUUUGAAGUAAUUUUUCAUCUGUCCACUCCAAAUCGAAAACCCUUGCAGCUUUUUCUCACAGGUCCAGCAGGGUGCGGAAAAACAUUCGUUAUAAAAUUGAUAAUGGAAUGUUAUAACCGUUUUACGCAGACCGAUGGAUUUUGUAAUGCGUAUAUUACUUGUGCUUCAACCGGAAAAGCAGCUGUUGCUAUUGACGGAACGACCGUUCAUACGGCCUUUAAAAUAUCUCUUUCAAAAUCACUCCAACGGAAGUUUUACAACAAUAUCAAACUUUAUUUAAAUAUACAAAAGUUAUCAUUAUAG